AUGGCAGCCCAAUUCGAGAACCUGCCAGACGAGCUCAAGCUGGCAACAGCGGCUCACGUGAAAUACGUCCAGAGCCUGGACACCCGCAAGGAUGAGUACGAUUACUGGCUGACGGAGCAUCUGCGCCUAAACGGCAUUUAUUGGGGCCUGGUCGCGCUCCAUCUACUUGGACAUCCUGAAGCGCUUCCCCGCGCCGAGACGAUCGACUUCGUUCUCUCGUGCCAACACGAGAGCGGAGGGUUCGGGGCCGCGCCCGGCCACGACGCUCACAUGCUGUAUACAGUUAGUGCUGUACAGAUCCUGGUCAUGAUCGAUGCCUUGGAUGAGCUAGAGUCGCGCGGCAAGGGGAAGGCGCAAGUAGGCAAGUUCAUUGCGGAUCUCCAGAACCGCGAAAGUGGCACGUUUGCAGGUGACGAGUGGGGUGAGGAGGAUACCCGUUUCCUUUACGGUGCGCUGAAUGCGCUGUCUCUCCUGGGUCUGCUUUCGCUCGUCGACAUCGACAGGGCUGUGCAGCACAUUGUCGCGUGCACCAAUUUUGACGGCGGCUACGGCGUCAGCCCCGGCGAUGAGUCGCACUCCGGACAGAUCUUCACCUGCGUCGCGGCGCUCGCCAUCGCGGGGCGGCUGGAUCUGGUCGAGACGGACAAGCUCGGGCGGUGGCUCAGCGAGCGGCAGGUCGCGGGUGGCGGGCUCAACGGGCGGCCCGAGAAGGACGAGGAUGUGUGCUACAGCUGGUGGGUGCUGAGUAGUCUGGAGAUCAUCGGGCGGACGCACUGGAUCGAUAGGCAGAAGCUCAUUACCUUCAUCCUCAAGUGCCAGGAUCAGGAGCUGGGGGCAUCUCGGACCGGCCUGGGAACACGGUCGAUGUGUGGCACACGUGCUUUGGCAUGA